AUGACUUUAUCGACUAGUUUAAAAUAUCUCGCCAUCAAACUCGCUACACACAGAAUUACGGUCGAAGACAUUCGAGCUGCGCUACAGAAGUAUGCGUCACUUUGGUAUCGAGCCGUUUUAUACGCGCCUUUUGUGAAGGAUAUCCGGGUCGAAUCUCAAAAUCAUGUGCUCACGGAACGGUUCACCCUGAUGCACGAACAAAUCUAG